GUUCGGGGAGCGCCACAUUCAAAAAAAAGUCCACCAUCGGAGUGUUUAAAGAUGGUUUCCAUUGGCAGAGGUUUCCGUUUAAGUCCUAAUGAAGAAGCUGCACUUAUUCAAAAAGAAAAAGAUAGACGAAGAAAGUUAAGGAUACAACAGGUAAGGGAACAGGAGAAGUUGUUUGCUCGUCAGCUUCAUAAUGUAGUAAGUAAGAAAAAGCAGGAAGAGGUUCAAGCCUUAGCAAGCCAGCUCCAGCAAGGUUGGGUUAGACAACAAAGAAACAAGGCAGAAGCCCUUCAAAAGCUCUUUCAUUGUAAUCUUCAAAGCAUAGGACAAGGCCACAAAGAUGCUACAGAGCAGAUACCAAAAGAAAUUGAGAAAAAAAUAUCAUCAAUACGAAACAACAGGAAAGCACAAGAAAGAUACAACGUAGCCUUAGAUAACCUACACAGGGAGCAAGAUGUACAAUGGCAGAAAGAGAAUGCACACAUCAUUUCACGGCAGACUGCUCUUGAACUAGAACGAGCAAGAGCUGCUAAAGUUGCCAAGCUUCCUUCUCCUGAAAAACCAUGGAAUAUGGAUGAUGAUGGUCCAGAACUCCACACAGUAAGAGUUACAAGUGAGGUUGGUUUGUCCACAACGCAUUACCAUGUAACUGCAGGUUAUGCUGAAAAAGCAAGUCCAACUCAACAGUUUGAUGCUCGAGAAGCAGCUCUGGCAGAAUCAGAGAAAAUGGAAGAAGAAGUUGAAGAAAGAUCAAAGGAAAUAAAAGAAAGGCAUGAGAAAGCAGUGCUCCGUCACAAAUAUGCACGAGAGAAGGAGUUACUAAGGCAGGAUUAUGACCAUUUAAUGAAUGAGCUUGGACAACUUGAGCAAAUGGACAGGAAGAGAAGACAGGCUAUUGUUGCCACUAUUCCUAAACAAGUGUUCCAGCCACCACAUAAGCGAAUGGAGGACAGACUUGAGCAUCAACAAAAUCUAGAGGAAGCAUUUGAAGAUAUGUACAUGGCAAAAACAGAUUUUGCUGGUGACCUUACACUGGCACUGGAUCCUAAGCCAAUGGUCAGUGAUCAUGAUCUGGAUCUGACAACAGAAUCCACAAUUGAUACCGACAUACUAGAUCCACAUAUACGUCAGUCCAGUUCUACCGAGACGAAUCUUUCUGAUGAAGCUGUCCCUCUGAAAGAACAUCUUGCAGAUACAGAGAUUCCAUCUGACAAGGAAACCUCUCCACAAAUAGCUGGUUUAACUACAAGAGCUCCAGUACAGUUUCCUGUUGGUGUUGACAGAGAUCAGCUGGAUUUGCCAGUUUUAAAUAAAGAAAAUAAAACAGAAACAGCUGAAGAGGAACACCCUCCAGCUAAAAAGAUUCUGCCAAGAUCAGAGGCUCUUGGUAGGUUACUUCAAAGGAUCAGAGGGCAACAGAGAGAACUAUCAAGUCAAAAUGAGAUUAGCUCUUCUACAAUCAUUACCACAUCAUCUUCAAGUCGUCCUAGUGAUCUAUCUCAGCAUCCAAUUGAGAACAGUAAUAGUGUACUCCCAUCAUCCAACUCGCUGUCAGAACAUCCUGUGGAUAAAGGUGAAACACAGCAAAAUAAUGAUGGCAACACUAAUUGUGAAAGUAACCAGAGCCAAGAUGAUAUGGAGCAAGGAAAAGAUGAAAUGAAGGAGACUUGUGGAGAUGAGCUGGAAGAACCAAUAUUGGCUGGCAGUCCAACAUUACUGCAUCCACUUGAGAAGGCAGCUCUGAUCAGAGCAAAGGCCAACUUAGAUAAACAGACUGAGGAUCAAGCUAUGCUCUUUGCCAGGACUCAACAGCAGAUGAUGGAGUUGAGAGUUCACCAAGAAAAACCCAAAACAAAGCAUUCUGUAGAGUUAAUUGAUGAAGAUGAAUCAAACCUUGUCCAAAACAAUCUACCAAUUGCAGCAAAAAGAACAAAUAUUACUGGGGAUAGACUGCAGCUUUCUCAGCCACAGAAUACACAAGAUGCUAGUAAAAGACUUGACAAACUCUCUGCAGAUAUCCAAGAAGAAUUUCUGCCACUUUCAUCUGAUACUAUGUUUAUUCAGCACGGGCUAAGUAUUCCAUCUGCUCCAAUUCAUUACACUACUAACCAGCUGCAAAGAAGUACAUCAUCUGAAAAGACUUUGAGUGACCUUAGUGCAACCAGAAGCAGUAGUGAUUUUGAUGAUCCACUUCUGCAGAGAAUUCGUCUCUAUCAGCAGAAUCUUCUACAGAAACACAGUAAGAAAAAACAGGAUAUCAGCAAAGAACAAAAGAAACUUAUGCAGACUACAGAGAUUCUAAUUGAUCAACAGAAACAACUGAUGUCUAGAAUGCCGCAAUUGCACACUACAGCUAAUCGUAAUUUUGCAUCAGUACCUACCACAAGUACACAUCCAAAAGUUGCAUUAAAACCUCAAUUUAAAGAAAAAGAAAUGAGCUCCUUCCAAAGGAACAGGAUUUCAGCUGCUAAGCCAACCACAAACCAACCUGAAGUAUCUCAAAUGACUGACAAUUCAUAUUCUACAUCCAAGCAGUCUUUUCAUAAUUAUCCACAAUCUUUUCAAUCUAUUGGUCAUCAAGAAUCAUUGAAAACAAGUAUUUUUACACAAGACGAACCACAAAAAGAUAAAGGUAACCUGUACAAAAAUGUCAGCAUGCCUUACAUACAACCACCCACAAAGCCUCAAGGUGAUGAACCUCUUGGAUUUUAUGAAGAGCACGAGAUCAGAACUAAAUGGUUACGUGAGCAGCAAGAGUUGCUGAGAAAACAGAGGGAGGCCCUUCUACAGCAUCAGGAAAUGCAGAAGCGAAGCCUGGAAGACAAACAGUUGCAACUAAUGGCUCAGCUGAAAGGGGAUAUUGGUACGAUGAAAAAAAAAUGUGUCAGUACUUCUCAAGCAAGGGAGGUUGCUAGUAAUAGUAAUGAGUUGAUUCCUACAGCAGAUCCAGGCAAGGUCUCUUUUCCUAAAAACUAUUAUGAAUGUACACAGCAUAAAGAAUCACCUGAAAAAUAUUUGUUGGAAAAAGAAAUUCUUGACCAUGAGAUAUCAUCAGCAGUAGACAAUAAUCAAUGUACAUCUGUUGCAGAGAGUGUACAUUUUCAAGACAUCAAUGAAAGAACCAUUACACCCUCAACAAUUCUGAAGCAGAGAAUGUACCCACCAGUUAGUAUUCCUAAGUUGAUUCCUAUGGAUGUCCAAUUUAAUACUCAUGAAUUGAGCACAAUUCCUGAGGUGGACACACCAAAACAUUCACAAUCUGCCUUUCAAGAUGAAGGUUCUCCUCACAAUUUUAAAUCUCUUAUGGCUGAAGAAAACUCUGACAUAUCUGGCAGUCAGGUGUAUGAUGAGUUCAACUGCACAGCAAACCAACUGAGUCCAACUGAACUUAAGCAACGGCCAGUCAUAACUGUUCCAGCUUAUGACAAAGAGCUGAAUUAUCAGGGUGAAGGCAAGGAUGAACAUUCCUCAAAGAUGUCACCACAGGCUGUCAUUGACAUUUCAAAUCCGGUAGUAGAGCAAGAUGUCCUUGCAGACGACGAAGAGUCUUUCUUGAGUCAGAAUGAGAAAACUGGAUAUGAUAGCUAUUCUGGUAUUGGCAAAGAGUACAACGAUUUACUUCAUUUUAAACCAAAUGAGUUCCAGUCUUCAACACAGAUUUCUGACAACCUAGACUCAAGUAUUCCAGUAUCAACAAACCCUGUUGCAAAGAGCUCCUUUACUAGCCGUCAUGUCUGGAAGAAUCUUUUAUCAAUCCCAGCAUCAGAUAUGCCAAUAUUUAAACAGGAGUCUUUACAAGACUAUACAGGCCAAGACCAGAAACGCAAGUAUGAUACAAGUACAUUUGACAGCACAUUAACUAGUAGACAGUUCCUAGAGAUUAGCAGGGAACUGCAACAUCAAUUACAACCUCAGCGAAAAGUUUCUUCCAAUACGACAGCAUUAAGUGAAUAUACAAUUGGGAAGAAUGAAAAUUCAAAAGUAAUUGACAGCCAAAUUGAGCAGAGUACUUUAUCGGAAUAUGUAGAUAAUCAGUCACCAGCUCACAAGUUGUCAGAUUCGUUGUCAGAUUCAUUGUCUUUGAUGUCAGGACCUGUAGGAGAAUACACAGGACAGAGUUCUCCAUUAAUGCCUGGAAGUGAAAGCAUUUUCCAUGAAUUGAAGCCAGACACGAUUGUUCAGCAGAAAAUGUCAAGUCUUCAUAGUCCUACACAUGCUACCAGUCAUCAUCGUUCACAAAAUGUGGCUAGUUCAGGUUAUAAGGUUCAAACUUUGGAGAAAUUAAGAAGAUUUGAAAAGAAGGAAGAAAUUGGAUCCAGUGAUAUAAAGGAUGCCAAUGAUGUAUCAAGUGCAUUCAGAAAUUACUCCUAUCAGGCAGAAAGCCCAGCAGAACUGCUGCAUAAACAUCAAUUAGGUCAUACAGGGAAAACUAGUCUCAGCACAUAUUCUUUGGAUUCUAUCAAGGAUCCCUAUACCACUUCUCAAAUUGUGUCAACCCCUCUAAACCCAUUGGUAACUGGUCUCAGUAGUUACGCAGUAAAGGAAGAGGACACUGAAGAAGAUGACUUGAAAAGAUAUAUGUUUGAAAAACCUGGACCAGAGUCAAAGCUUAGCCACCUCACCAUCAAUGCCUCUGACAGACCUACAAAUAGAUUAAGUGAACAAGAAUUUGACUUGGCCAGUAGACAGUCUGACUCACCAUCUAACACAGAAAAUGUACAAAGAUUUGAGAAUGAAGAUGUCAUAAUGAGCAGACCUUUAGAAGAAUUUACAGUGUCUUGUAACAGGGACAGAAAUGAUGAAAAUUUGGCUGACAUAAGCGAUAAUGAAAUUUCCAAAUGUAUGUUCCAACCAAAUACUAGAACGGAUACUUCAUUCAAAAAAGAUGGCACCAAGCAAUUUCUCCAGUUACAUGAGACCCAGGAUAGUACUGGGAGUACCACUGACAGUCAAGCAAAUAGUGAUUAUGUGUCUAGAAAAUCUGGAGCUGAAUCAGAGCUUAGCCAACUUAUUGUUAAUACCUCCGACAGUCCUAAGCAUAGAUUCUCAAUGUUAAGUGAACACAAUUUUGACCCAGCAAAAUUACAAUUUAAGCCAAUGAACAACACAGCAAAUGUUAAAAGAUUUGAGAUUGAAAAAGACAAAAUGAGCAGACCCUUAGGAAAAUCAGCAAUGUCGUCCAUAAAUAGGGAGAGAAAUGAUAAAAGUGUGGCUGAACUAAGUGAUAAUGGAAACUCUGAAUAUAUGUUCCAGAGUUUAAACUCUAAACCAAGUACAAGAACAAAAACUUCAUCCAAAAACGAUGUUGCCAACCAAUUUCAUAAGCUACAUGAGACCCAGGAUAGUACUGGGAGUAUUUCCGGUAGUCUUGGGUUCAGUUAUAGUGCCGACAGUCAAAUGAGUCGUAAUGAUCCAUCUAGAAAUAAAGAUGACCUAAAGAGAUUGAUACAGGCUGUCAUCUCCAGACAAACAUCAAAUACCAACGCAGGACUCCAGAUGUUUUCCGACAUCUCCUUCAGUCAAUACAGCAUGUCUUCUGAUGGACCAAGUCUCUUGUCAAGAGAUCAGUCACAGUUGAUAUCUAGUAGGACAUUAAGUGGAUUAGGUCAAAUGAGUGAGGAGGAGAGGAUGGACCUUCCAAAUGGUGCCAUGCCCAGGUUUGUCAGAACACAGCCAUCAGUUAAAUCACAGUCAAUAACGUCAGAUCUUAUACAACAACAAAUGAAGCAUGGAGAGAUCAACACAAGUAUUUCAGAGAGGCAUUCUCCACUUACAAGUCAUUCUAAAGCUUAUGAAAGUUCAACAGAAAGCAGUGAAGCAGAGCAGUAUGCUGAUCAAUUGAAUCAGUUGGUACAACAAUCAAAACAAGUCAGACAACAUCACAUGCAACAGAAAGAACUUGAUCUGAAGAAGCUAGAGAGAAUAAAUGAAGAAUAUAAGCAGAAGGAGAAAGAAUUGACACAACUACUUUCACAGAAGAAGGAUGAAGUAGUUGGCAUAUUGGAAGAGCCAGAUUUGACACUGGUUUCCAUCCCAGACACAACUAUCUCUGAAGGACCAUUAUGGGAGGCUUCAUUAUCUGAAGGUCCCAUUUCUAAUAUCAUGUCUGAUAGUGAAAUUGACUCAAAGUUAUCAGAAGGCCAGCUUACUAGAAGUCAAAUGAUUGGUUUUGAGCAAGGAACCACUCUGAGCGAAGGAUUACUCACUGAAGAUGGUAGUCGGCAUCUGCAAGGACUGUCAGAGAGCAGGAUAGUGGAUCACUCUGCCAGUCUUGAUGAUAUCAGUGAAUCAUUGCUUUCAUUUCAAAAACAUGAAUGUGAAGUUGCGACACCAAUAUCACAGAAAACCGGGAACCUCCCUGAAGAUAUUGUAUUAUCCACUAGUUCUUUUCAAAGCUCAGACACAUUGAGUGAUGGGCAAGCUACAGUUAGUCUCCAAGAGGCAUUUACUAGACACAAAAAAGGCUUCAUUGUUUCUUCCAAACGAAGACAAGAAGAGGUUAAGGUUCGUGCAGAGGAGAAGCCACCUACAGCUCAAACUAGAAAGGUGAAACCAAAGAAGAAAAAACCAAUAAAAAACCAAACAUCAAAAUUAGAUGGAGCUAGCAACCAAAAUGAAAAACCAUCCACUUCCAAAAUAAGCCAAGCGAAAACUAAAGGAACAAGUAAGAAACCUCUUGGACCGAAAGACAGAAAAAGUGCUGAAAAAGAAAAACUUCAACGAACUCUCAGGUUGUAUAAUCAACUUGAAGAGGUAAAGAAAAAGAAGAAAGAGGAAGAACGAAAACAGCUUUACGAGGAAAAUAGACGAAAGAUGAAAGCCUUCCAUGAAAAAGUACAAUCUCACUUGAAGCAACGUGCAUCCCAAAGCAAAAAGUAAUUAAACACAAGCACUGCUGCCUGGUAGCCUGAUCCAUAAAUUAUCUCUACUGCUUGUAUGAUAGGGAAAUGGAUGUUAAAUUGUGUUGUAUAUUUAUAUAGAUGAGACAUAUAUAUAUUUAUAUAUCUUAAUAUUAACCAUGGUUUUAAAGUUGAGUACUGUACACUUUAUACAUCUGGAACACUGUACUUUACAUAUAGUAGCCAUGUUUGAGCAUAUUUCACUGCCAUCGUCAGUGUGGAGAAUAGUUUUUUAUCUUUUUUUUUUGAAGGGGGGGGGGAGGGGAAUGCGCUGCUUCAUAUUGUCUGGAAUUGUUUGAAAAUCGCUGUAGUGUAUUAGUUUAUUGGUAGAAGCAGUUGUAGCAGUGGUUGCAAUUCAAUCUCAAUCUCCUUGCUGGGAUUUUUAUAUACUACUGUAUAUGUGUACUAUAAAAUAUUUAUUUGUGGAUAUUGUUUGAUUUAUAAAAAAAAAAAAAACUUGAUAAAAGAUUGUACUGUACAAAUAUGUUUUAUUGACAAGCCCCAAUGAUGUAACAAAUACAUAACAUUAAAAUAUUUAUUGUGGUGGUAAGGUUAGCGAAUUUCUAUAGGACCACCAGAGUAUACUUUAAAUACAUGUCCUACAAAUUACAGGUAAAUUAUAAUUAUAAUAUAAUUAUAAUAAUAUUAUUAUUAUGAUUUUAGAAACAUGGAGAAGGGAGGGACACACAUUUUUGGAAUCUAUUUUAGUAUAAAAACUCUGGCAAUAACAAAAAUGAUAGUUUCCCCUCCAAUACAGCUAUUGUUAUAAUAAUUUUUUGUUGUACUGUAUAUUGUAUAUAAAAUAACUGUAAUAUUUCAUAUCGGUUAUCAUUUAUUGAUGUUGCGUAAAAUUCGUCGGCUAU